UUUCAAUAUUAAUUUAUUUUUGUCAUUAUUUUUUUUUAAAUUUUCAAAACUUUGAUAGUAUUAUUAUUCAGUUGGGAGCUGAUAAUAGAAUAUAAAUACCUAAAUUUUAAUUUAAUUUAAAAAGAAUUAAAAUACAUAAUUCCCAAUUAUGAAUCAUUAGUACAUACUUUUUAUUGUGAUCAAGAUUAUUAAAACUUAUUUCAACCAUUAAUAUAUUUCUAUUUUCAUCAUUCAUGUAAAGUUGGUUUAUUUCACCAAAUUAGCUAUUGUAUAAUAUUCUACUAACUUCAUUAUAUAAAUAUUAAUAAUGGAUUUCAUUAAUUUAAAUAUUUAUUUUGUUUCUUUCAGAAAAAAAAAUGACUUUGUAUAAACUUACUUAUUUAGAUGCCAAAGGCUUGGGAGAAUCCAUAAGAUUCAUUCUCAGUUAUUUGGAAAAGGAAUUUGAAGAUAUCCGCCUUCCAUUCGAAAUAUUAUCGCAGCUUAGGAAAAUGCCUGAAGUACCCUAUGGGAGAGUUCCUUAUUUGGAAAUAGAUGGAGCUGUCAUGUACCAGACAACUGCUAUAUUACGUUUCUUAGCAAUUGAAGCUGGUUUGAAUGGGAGUAAUAAUAAGGAAAAUUUAAAUAUUGAUAUGAUUGCCGGGACUGUUGGAGAUUUCAUUACAGAAAUCCAGAGGUAUAUUAAGGCAAAAGAACCUGCUGAAAAAGAUUACAUCAAAGAAUGCCUUGUUAAGGAAAUUAUCCCAUUUUAUAUGGACAAAUUUGAAACUCUUAUUGCUAAAGAAGGUUAUUUAGCAAAUGGAAAGCUUUCAUGGGUUGAUAUGUAUGCUGUUGGUUAUUUUGAGUCAAUUCCAGGCUUGGUGGGGUUUGAGUUAUUUGAAAAAUAUCCUUCAUUUAAAGCCCUCACGAAAAAAAUACAUUCUCUUCCAGGAGUCAAAGACUGGAUUCAGAAAAGACCUGUAGCUAAUAUUUAAUUUACUUUUUCUUCUUCUCUUCAUCAUCAAUCAAAUAAUAUAACAAAAAAAUAAACAAAUCUCUUAUUAAAUUUAUUUGCAUUUUAAAAACAAGCCAUGCUUUGUAAUAAAUAUUAUUUUAUUGU